CAACGGCUGUGUGUGUUUUACAAGCUGACAUUGUCGGGGCGCUUUUUGACAGUUUUGACCAGAAUGUUUUCAUCAACACCAACACAAGGAGAAAAAGACAUGGAGUCCUUACACACUGCUAAAGUGUAUCAAAGACUGACCGUUUCUUUAUCGGUGCUUGUUGGAAUUCUUAUUGUGACAGCUGUCUGUAUUGCAUAUGUCUUCCACGCUGAGCUAUCUAUGUCGCAGGAGAAACCUUUGGCUUGUAUAGACUGCAAAAAAUUAAAGCAGUACUUUAACAGCGAGGUACUACAGUGGUCAUUGACCCGCGAACGUGGUGCUGAUGGUGUUGAAAAGUGCUGCGCCUACAACCACCAACAGAUGUCUGCCAUCAUUGACAUGAACAUUGAAAGCCGCCAGACAAGCAAAGACCAUGUUUCGGACAUAAAUAAAGAACUAUUUUUCCUAAGCCCAGUAACAGUUCACAGACGUCUUUAUCAACCUAAGGUUAAGGCCUUGGACCCCACAGAGCCAACAGCUGGAAAUUUGAAGGCGACCCUGUUGCUGCAGCACCAGAACUCUACGCCAGACCCACUGGUAGAACAUUCCAGAGGAGUCGAGGUCUUGUCUGACGGCAUCAAGAUUCUACACCCAGGACUCUACUACAUCUACAGCAGUCUAGACUUCCAACCUCAAACCAAGGUCACGUGUAAACAGCUCAACUACCAGUUCUCCGCCAUCCAUCUAGAUCCUCUGCCGCUUUGGUUAGAUUUUAGACGGUCAGCCCCGUCCAUUCCUUGCAGUCAUCCAUUCAAUGACUCUUUGCCUUCCCUUUCCUUCUCCCUCCUGGCACAAUGA